UGUUUCUUCAGCAAAAUGGAAAAUAAAGUUCUUGAGUACAAGAAGUAUUUGGAAAAAUAUCCAAAUGGCGACAAGGUCAUGCGAGUGUUGGAGAAACUUAAGAAAAUGGAACUGCCUAUAAAAGUUUUACAGGCAACCAGUAUUGGUAAAACACUGAACAGCUUCAGAAAGCGUGAUGGUGAAAUUGGUCUCAAAGCAAAGGUGAUUGUUGCUGCAUGGAAAGAAAUGGUUUGUCGAGAAGAGGCUGCCAGAAUUGAAGCAAAAAUCAAGAAAUCACAAUCUAAGACAAAACGUGAUUCGGAAAAACAACACAAGUCUUCAAAACAUAAACAAAGGGAAAGGUUUACACAUGAUGAUGUCACUCCUGAAGUUGAUGAACGCAGAGUAAAGACAGAGCCGGAAACAAAUGGAUACGAACCAAGAAAUGCAAAUUUAUCGAUAAAGCAGGAGAAUGAUUCGAGUGCAUUGACUAUAAAAUCUGAGCCAAAGGAUGAAACUUAUCCUGUGAGUCUUCAACCUACCAUUGUGAAGCAAGAAAAAGUUGAUACAGAGGAUAAAACUACUAUAAAUGAUAGUAUUCAAAUCAAAAAGGAAAAGAUUGACAAAGGUUGGCAAAAUGACUCCACAAAAACGAUUGCAUCUACAAGUCAUCAAAAACUUCAACACUCUGAUACUAAAAAAGUACAGCGCACACCCAAAAAGAGUAAAACGAUCAAUCCAUACAGUCAAACCUCUUUUGAUGACUACUGUAAGCAGAGUUUUGAACAAGAGUUCAAUGCAUUCAUUAGUGAAGAAGCACUAGAUGCAGAACAAAAUUCAACGGAACAAUUUUUCUCACCAAGAUACUGUGACCAAACUGCAAGUGACAAUAGAUCACCUUAUACAUCUUUAAAUGAAAGGGAUAAUGAUUUAACAAGCAGGAGGGACCACACUUCAUCAAACAAAGCAGAUGACAUAUCAAAUUAUUCUGAUGAAAAUGACUAUAACUCAGCAAGUGAAAGUGAGCAAAUAUCAGGGAGUAGAAGUGAAGGACAAUCUGGAAACUCUGAUGUCAAAUCCAAUUCCAAAAAUAGAACUGAAUUUGCAUCAUUGAAAGAUGAUGAGAAAAACAAAUAUGAAUCAUCGAGUCAUGACAAGCACAAAUCAUCAAGUUAUGACAAGCACAAAUCAUCAAGCAAAGGUGACCAUAAAUCUUCAAGUCACGGUGAGCGCAAAUCCUCAAGCAAAAGUGACCAUAAAUCCUCAAGUA